AUGUUUACGUACAACCACAUCACGGGGGCAAAGCUGAGCUACAUGCAUGUGCCCGUGGAAGUCGAUUCGUUGGUGGUUCGGGGAAAACUGCAGCAGGACCGUCGCGAAGCCAACGAGGCGCGGCACAUGGCAUGGGAAGACUUUUUUGCAACACAGUGGGGCAAGGCCGAGCGCGACGCCGCCGCCAAGACGCAACAGCGUCUCCAGCACCAAAUCGAGCAGUUGUCCAAGAUCACUGUGACGUCGCGCCACUUUGAGUUGUGGAAUUUGGCAAUCGACCGACACUACUACGAGUACAUUUCGUACUCGCUGCAAGAUCCGACGCUGCGCGACACGUUGCUAUCCAAUGUGCACAACGGUCUCACGCCCCUCGCCAGAGCGUGUACGACCAAAGACUACGCGCUUGUUCGAAUCCUUCUAGCCCACGGCGCCGACGUGACCGCGAAAUCCCCGUCCAGUCCAAACGCUUACAUGCGAUCCAUCUUCUGCGCGGCAGUCGCCGACUUUCGCGUGUUCGAGCUGCUCGUGGAGCAUCUUCCCACAGCACGCGAGCUGCGGGGGCUCGACAAGGACGGAUUGUCCCUGGUGCACUUGGCGGCUCAAGGGGGCUACGUCACCGCCUUGGAAGCGCUAUUGAAAAUGCCCAUAACCAGCGACCUCGUCGAUACCACGACGUCCAAGCUUGGAUACACAGCGCUGCAUUACGCGGUUGUCGGCGGGCACGCCGAUUGUGUGGCUGUGCUGCUGCGAUACAUGUCGCCAUCGGUCGCCGCCGCCAUGACAAGCGAUGGAUGCAAUGCGCUCCACCUGGCCUUACGCGUCGAUGGGACGCACUUUCACCUCGAACAGCUCGUCGAGAACUUCAUCAACGCCAAUUGCGACUCGAGUCUGUUCGAGGCAGUGGACGCAAAUGGCGCGACGGCCCUCCACUUGUCGAUUGCGCAAAACCUCGAACGAAUAGCGCUGCGGCUCAUGGACGUCGGAAAGACCCCCAUGAACGUCUGCACGAAAGGCGGCAUCGCAGCGCUGCACUUGGCAGUGACAGUGGAAAAUUUGAAUUUGGUGCGGGCCCUGCAGCACCACAACGCGAUGAUUGACAUCAUGGACGACAACGGGCAAACGCCGCUGCUCACGGCGGCCCUGUUGAACCACACGGAGUGCAUUCGGUUCCUCCUGGACUGUGGCGCCGACGCAGGAUGCCAAAACAAGGAAGGCCAUGCCCCGCUGCACUACUUGGCAUCGUACUGCACCGACCCCGACACUUUCCAACUCUUUUUCGACAAAGACGUGGACGUCAACGUGAAAAGCGCCAAGGGCAAUGUGCCGCUGCACUUUGCCGCCAUGAAAGGCAACGAGGUGGCCGCGAAAGCUCUUCUGCACCACGGCGCAGACGUGUCGCUGUUGAACGAAGACAAACGCAGUGUCGUCUUCCUUGCAAGGCAGUGGGGCCAUCUUGACCUGGAAGAGUACUUUAAGCUUGUGCUCAAAGACGCGACCGAAGUGCCCGUGCCAUCAUUAGACCACACCGAUCCAACGACGACAGAACUCGACAGCGGCGGUGGACACGUUCGCAAAACCAAACCAGCGACCCAUGGUGGCACGAGAGACUCGCUCAAAUCAAAAAAAGUGGGUGUGGUGCUGCCCAGCGUUCGGCCAGUCACGGCUGUGGACCCUGCCGCGCGAUGGGAAAACGACAGCGACGUGGCGUCGGCAGUCCUGGAUCAUCCAUCGACGACCACACCACUAGGUCGGCAUGUGUGCAUGACUCCUUACGUGAAGCGUCAGCUCUUUGGGCGUGUACGAGCGCCAAACCAACCCGUGAAACUCACGUCCGAAAUGGAUGAAUUGCUUCGCUACAACCAGUCGUCAAAGCCUGCACCGGAGCACCCCCAGGCCAAGAACAUGGUGCGGCGGUGCAAAGCCGGGGUCAACAUACCAUGGGAAGCCACGAUGCCGCUAGGCAGCGACACCUUGGAACGGCGGCUAAAACCCUCGACACAGCACCAACUCAAUGCAGCCAACCACGUCAAGAGCAUGCCCGAACUGCGCGCCGAGUUUCAGUUUGUCAGGACGCUCGUGUGGCAAGAAAGCGCAGGAACCCGGCGGUCCCGACACUCCCUAAGGAGUCGACCCCACCAACAUGCCUGA